GCAUUUUCUCUGAGUCGGCCGUCACCACCAGUGCCAGUGCCAGAGCCAGAGCCAGAGGACAGAGAAAAAAGCUACAAUGGGUCGUGUAAUCAGAGCUCAGCGUAAGGGUGCUGGGUCUGUGUUCAAGUCCCAUACCCACCAUCGCAAGGGACCAGCAAGGUUCCGCAGCCUCGACUUUGGUGAGCGCAAUGGGUACCUGAAGGGCGUGGUCACUGAGAUCAUUCACGACCCGGGUCGCGGUGCACCGCUCGCCCGGAUCACUUUCCGCCACCCCUUCCGAUACAAGAAGCAGAACGAGCUGUUCGUGGCCGCCGAGGGUAUGUACACUGGUCAGUUCGUGUAUUGUGGGAAAAAGGCUACUCUUGUUGUUGGCAAUGUGUUGCCUCUCAGAUCUAUUCCUGAAGGAGCUGUGGUUUGCAACGUGGAGCAUCAUGUUGGUGACCGUGGUGUCUUCGCUAGGUGUUCUGGUGAUUACGCUAUUGUCAUUAGUCACAACCCUGAUAACGACACUAGCAGGGUCAAACUCCCAUCUGGUGCUAAGAAGAUUGUUCCAAGUGGCUGCCGAGCUAUGAUUGGGCAGGUUGCUGGUGGAGGGAGAACUGAGAAGCCUCUUCUCAAGGCUGGUAAUGCUUACCACAAGUUCAGAGUGAAGAGAAAUUGCUGGCCCAAGGUACGUGGUGUGGCUAUGAACCCAGUUGAGCAUCCUCAUGGAGGAGGUAACCACCAGCAUAUUGGGCAUGCAAGUACUGUUAGGCGUGAUGCACCUCCUGGUCAAAAGGUUGGUCUCAUUGCUGCAAGGAGGACUGGUCGGCUCAGAGGACAAGCGGCUGCAACUGCUUCUAAAGCUGAUAAGGGUUCUUAGAGAUUAUUAUUCUUUUUUUCUGUUAAUUGUGUCUUUUAGAUAUCUGGAUUUUCCCAUAGUAGAUUAAAAUCUAGACUAGCUGGUGAGCUUUGUUGCAGAAAUUUUGUUUGGGUUGUGAUAAACAUCUUAUCUAUGACAUUUGGUUUAUGCACUCUCUGAAAUUAGUCCAAAUACACUAUUUGUAUUUCCGCUGAUCAAUGGAUGAUGGAGAGAACUCUUCACUGAUUA